CGUCGUAUCGUGCGUGUUUUUGGCAUCGCCGCGCAAAUGUCGUCGUGCAAAUGGUGGUCGGUUAAGUGUUUUGUGUGAUGCGUCCCCGCAGUUAAUUACGGCGUAACCUGCAAUCACGACAGACGGCUCAUCGGAGGGGUGACAAGAGCGAGUAGAUUAUUAUUGCUGCUUGCGGAUCGUUCGUGAUUAUCAUGAAGCUAAUGAAGAAGUUCUUAACCGGCGACAAGGUGUUCGCCAAAGUUCGAGGUUACCCGCCGUGGCCUGCUAAAGUUGAGAAAGUUAGUGAUGCAAACUCGAAGAAUGCAAAAUAUAGCGUUUACUUUUACGGUACAGGAGAAACAGCCGUUUGUAAAGUAGAAGAAUUAUACACCUAUUCUGAACACAAAGCGAAAUUUUGUAAGCCUAGUCGACGAAAGUUCUUUCUUGAAGGUAUUCAACAACUUGAACAAGAACUUAAAAAUGAUAGGAGUAAAUCCACAACAAAUAUCAGUAAUAUUAAAGAUGAUACUUUACCCAAAAAUACUGAUACAGCUGAAUUACCAACUGUUAGUGCUACUGAUAGUGAUAUGGAUACUGGUUCUUUGAUAAUAGAUGAAGGAGAUAAGAAGAAACCUCUGAAAAGAAAACCACUCACCUCUGCCUCCAACACUCCUGAUGCACCGGAAGUAAAGAAGAAACGUGGCAGAGGAAAAGCCUCAAUUGACACGUCGAAACAAGAAGCCUUGGAUUCACAAGGUGAAGAUUCCCCUAAAGAGGUUGUCAGCCGUAGUGGUCGUAAGAUUAAGCCAAAACGUUUUGCUGAUUUCUCCAGUUCAGAAGAAACCGAAAGCACUGCAGAAAAGAACGAACAUUCUGGACGCGGCCGUAAAGCGAAAACUGAGGAUUCCAAUGAUCAGUCGACGAAUGUAAUCCCUAAAAAACGAGCUGCUGUUGAAAAGAGAAGUAAUGCAGGUGAAGGGCCGAUACUAGAUGAUACUAUAGUAUCUAGUGGCACAUCUUCUGAUACACCAGGUCGUUUUCUUCUAGCUCGUACAUUCACUGGGGAAUACGUAGGCAUCAAGUUGGACGUGGACAGACCGAAGUCCUUCGAAAACGAGAAAGCCCGGACACAGUGGGAUUGGGUAACUGCUAGGAAAGCCAUGAAGCUCAAGGCACAAUUAGAGAGCGGUGAGAUUUUACCGGAACAAGUGAAGGAUUCUCUAGACUUCAACGUGCAUGUGCCAGAAGAUGAGAAACGUGCUUUGAAAGACGGGGCUGUUCACCGUAAAACCUAUAAGCUAAGAUGGCUUCGCAUAGAGGCUCAACUUCUACAAUUGGACGCCCAAAUAAAAUCUAGCUUGGGGCUAGACCGAGCCAAUGCAGAUAAAUGCUUACAGGCGAUGGAUGACAUCUUGGCUCUUUCGAUUGAUCCUUUAAUGCUGAAAAAACAUCCGCACAUCGUUGAAACUGUGAAAAGGCUGCGACGAUACAUCGGCAAUCUAGCAGAUUGGAAAUUGAGCGUUGAUGAAGAGACUAUUUUCAAACAAAAAGCUGAGCAGAUCAGACAAAAAGCCGAACACAUAUACAACAAAUACAAGGCGAUGUUUACAAUACCUGAGGGCCAAUCAUUUUGGCAAUCAUUCUCAGACCAAGUUGUUCAUUUUAAAGAAUUGACGAAAGAUAUGUCCGAAGAAAAGAUGUUCUCGUUGAUGUCCGAUCCAGCUUGUCCAGAUGCUGUCAGACCACAAGAUUCGCCUGCGGAUGACAGCGGGAGUCAACCGGAUACCGAUGUAGUAGCUGAAAUAGAACCUGUUACUGAAGAAGGAUCAGAAUUAGAAACAGCACCGGACAUACAACAAACUAUUCAACCAUCACAAUCAGCUGCAGAACAACCUGCGACGGAAGCAGAAUCAGUCAACACCGAAACUGAGAAAGUAGAGGCUGAAAAAGAAGUGCCUACUAAAAGUGCGAGUCCUAAGAAUGAGGAGGUGAAUUAACAUUGUAAACCAUUUUUUUUGUCUACCUGAUAUCAGGUUACUCCUCCUUUAUUCUCACGUACAUGUAAUUGUCAUGCUCAUGUAAAACAUAAAGUUCGUUUAUAAUUGUCAUUGUCAUUGUCAUGGCAUUAAUAAAUCAAGCGCAUUAAAGCUGAAAUAGUCAGCCGAAAUGCGUCCGUAGAGCAAUUCGAAACAAGAAGCGUAAGAUUCUUUGAGCACUCAUCCCUUAUUUGGCGAAAUGUUAAACAACUUGUAGUGCUUGCUUCUUGCAAUCGCAGUAGUAGCAAAAUUCUGAAAAAUUCAAAACUAGUUAAUUUUGUGCAACUAUGAUAUAUAUUAUAUCAUAUUACAUAAAAGAUGUCGAAAUUCCGAAGUUGACUCACGCUAAUUUUCCUUAAUUUUUCCAAUGCUUAACUGACACUGUGAUCACUAUAGAUAUAACGAAGUGCAAUUCAUGAUGCAGAUCAGCUGGCUUCAUUGACUCUCUAUCGGUUAUAUAUUUAUUUUAUACAGAUUGCUUACGUUUUAAACAGAAAAUAAUGGGAUACGGCAAUAUUAUGGUGCCAGCUUAUGUAACUAAUUUUGACGCGGCAAUCAACAUGUUAACGAACCAGCCGAUACAUUGUGUUUUGAUAUAAGUUGUCUAUUUGAGAAUUUUUCAUAAAUUUGCUACAGACUUUUAUCACCAUUGUAGAUUAUGUAAAGUAAAUAUUUUCGAGUGAUAAGUUAGGAAUAUUAUAGAACGCGUGUGUGUUGAAGCACAAUUCUGUACAUGCGACCGAUAAUUUUUUGCGCACGUGAAAACCAUGCUCGAUAAGUAAUCUUACGUUAUUUGACGAGUUCGUCUUUUAUAUUCUGACUGGUGUUUUUUCUUUUUUAUUUCAUUUGACGAGUAUACCCGUGCUGGAAAGUAAAUCCCUGAUCAUUACAUUGUCGCAAUAAAUAUACAUUAUCACUCGAUAUAAUGUUUGUAAUGGGUUUGUAAUGGGCGAAGCAAUACAUCAGAUUCGCUAAUUCCAAUAUCUCUCUUAUGUAAUAUGAUCUAAGAUUAUUAAUGAUAUGUUAUUGCCAUUGAGAGAAAAUGUGAUGGUAACGAGGGAUAAAUUGUUUUUCAUGUAACAGAUAAAACUUUCGAAAUUAUGAAAAAAUAAUAUUAAUAAAUAUAAUAUUUCUUUUAUUCACUAACAUUUCAUCAAAUAUGUACGGUGUCAUUGAUUGAAUAUCCUCAAUAUUGGUUACUUCAUCAAAUCAGUCACUGAUAUACAGUAAGAUUACAAAGUGCUAAUGAAAAAGUAUCAAAAUCGUACAAAUUAGACAAGUUAACAAAAAUCAUUUUUGGACAUUAUCCGGUGAUAUGACAAUUAUUGUAAAUAUUUUACGAUUAACAUGUAUAACGCGACCUUUUAAUUAAAUACUACUUACUAAGCAUACCGGGAAAGUAUCAGAAUUGAUCGAUGUAAUGUUUAUCGAAAUCAUUUCGUCGCGAGAUAAAAUGAACUGCCGUAGCGCACGUUUUACAAUGUCGAUUACAUUUUAUGCCAGGAAUAAAUUUACUAUAAACGUACGUACUCAUAAAGAUAAUUAAAAAAAAAAAACGUUACAAUUAUAUAAAAUUACAAUAAAAUUAGAAUAAAUUAUAACAAAUAAUGUGUAUAUUUAGUAAUCAUAGGAUAAUUGUAAUUUUAUAAUCGCAUAUCUCGAUAAAAAGGCAAAAUUUUGUAAUAGUAACGUUGUUAAUAAAAUCACAUGUCUAUAAUGAUAAAAAUAAUUGCAUGUUAUGCGUAAUAACGUGUAAUAUCAUGAGAGACAUAUAUUAUUAUAUAUUAAUUAGAUUUACUCGUGUUUCAAAAUUAUCGCUCGUUCUGCACCAACUACUGGAUUUUUCGACGAUUCUUUAUCAUUUGAUGACGCAAACAAUGUCAUCCAUUUGAAUUUCAUGUUCUUCAAUUUAUAGGUACGAAAAUGAGGUAUAAUAAAGUUGAAUAUAUAGCGUAAGUCUGCAUAUGUAGCAUAUAUAGCAAAAGUUGAAUAUAUAGCAUAAGUCUUAACUGAUAUUAAUCUUAACUGAUCUUAAUCUUGCGAUUUAACAGUAUUUACACAUCAAAAACUUUUAUACAUAGUUGAAAUCUAUCGCGCAACAAAUAUCGGAUAUUGAUUUUGUUGCGCGAUAGAUUGUAUUACUUUAAUCGCGUUAUAUAAUUGUUAAAAAUUGCAAAUCGAAUCGUUUAUUAUUCACGAUUGUAAAAUGGUAAUAGAAUUAUUACCUAGACAACUAGGAUCAGAUAUAAGAAAAGAAUAUGAAAUUUAAGUGUGUGACGUUCUUUGAGCCGUCAAAUCUUAAAAACAUCGUCAAAAAAUAUCUGCACGAUGUUGAAUCAGAUUAUGAGUCAGCAGAAUGUUACUUGUCAAUAAAAAAGAAACGCCUUA